CUCUGAGCUUCUGACAGCCAUGACGAGCCAUGUAAAAUAUUCAUUCCGCAAUCUUGCCCCCGCUUGCCCAGUCUCUGCAAUCUCUUCUUCUACCCAGCCCCGCAGUAAAUUGGAUCAUCACCUGGAUAAUUAUGGAGUACAGGUGUUGAAGACGAGAAGACGAGAGGAGAGGGGGAGGAGGAGGUGAGGGGGUGGUGUGAGGAGCGAGACGAGGAGAGAAAGAGAGCUAGAGAGAGAGGGCAGCGAGACAGACGAAGUGGCUCACCGGGUCAUGGUGUUGUCGACUGCGAGGUGUUGGAUCAUGGCGACGAGGAGCUUGGGGGAGGGAGUGCCAUGGCUGCUUAACCUCCCCCUGUCCCACUCACACGCCAUUGCCUGAAACAGGCUGGGUCCUGUUCUCGCUGCCUCGGCUCUGUCCCUUCUCCUCUCGACUUCGUCACUUGUUGAUAGGUUGCCGCUGCGCGAGAUGGCCCUCUCGCCCUAGAUAGUCUCCCGUAAUGGUGAACGGGGUGUUUGUCUCUUACGCUGAAUGUGGCCCCGGAGUUCGCGCGUUGUUGAUAGUUUUGGUGAGGUGGGGUGGGGUUUAAUCUCGUGGAUUUGGAGAGCGGGUUCUGUGGAUGGAUUUUUUUUUUUUUUUUUUUUUUUUUUUUUUUUUUUUCCGGCCCCUUCUUUGAAUGUGCACAAGAGUGGUAGCGAGUGUUCCGUAGCCCGGGUUUUCCCUGUGUGCCCUGUUUUUGAGUGAGUGCAGUGGAAGGGUUUGAGAGAGCGCGUUAAAUUUCGAUAAGAGGCGUAUCGAAGGUCAGUGGGUGUUGUUUCAGAUUUGCGAAUUGUGCGCACAUUGUAAAGGGUUCUUGGAAAUGUCUGGAGCUGGAAUGAAGUGAUGUGGAAGGUUUUCUAGAUGGGCUGUGACUUGAAUGGUGUGUUGGAUGUAAUCCAAUAUGAACACCCCAUUGCCGGUUCUUGGCACAAAAGGGAGGUCGGCGGUGCUCAAUUGUGGUAUUUGAUAGUCUAUGAAGAACGACGCGAUGCGGUAGACGAAGUCUUAGCUCCGAUGUGACCAGCAGUUCAAGGCUUGUGCAGGAGACACUGGAGCAGCUCAGAAUAGCAUCGAUUGUGUGACUGUACAUUUCCUCCUAAUUUUCCGUUUUUGCAAUUCCAGCCCCAAGCAGGUGAUAAUGAUGACCAGGGGUAGCAAAAUGGCGGCCGAGAAGGUGGAUAGGGGGUCAGAUAGUGGUCCCGAAAUGGGUUCACCUGCCCGUCGAGAGCCCAUCCCGCCCGUUACAAACAUGCAGAGUUGACUGUGCAGGAUUCUCCUCUGUUCAAGUACUUGUGUGAAUUGUCGCCAAUCCAGCCAGCGAAGUCGGUGCAUCAUGCCCAGACAUACAACGAAAUGACAUUUCCACAAGAACACCGAAUCUUUGCUUCUCCACGCAGUGCUAGAAGGUCCUCGACGAGUUCUCUGAAGAGGUUCGUUGCUGCCGAAAGUUUGUCAGCACAAGCCCCAGCUGAAGGUCGAGAAACUUUUGGGUGGCAUCAAACUCCCACAUUCUCCAGAAGCACGCUUUCUGAUAAUGGACCAUCACCAUCUCCACUGAACCGACGUUCCGAUGAUAAUCAAGUAACUCCUUGUUCAAGAAGGCAAACAGAGGAAGUUCAUAAGUCGCAACCUGAAAGCGUAAGAACCGAAGGAUUAGGCACUGACGUAUACGUGGCCGAAAAUCUUGGUGGGCAACGGAUAUCUGGGAAUCCAGCACAUUCGAAUCGGGGAUCUACCUCCGGUGUGAUGGCUAGAAUAGCGGGUACCACUGCCAGCUUCCAAUCCCAGUAUAAUGAUCACCAGCAAUUAGACCUUGCCGUGUCUGCAGCGAUGCCCUCUGAGAUGGUUAGGUGUAUAAACGGAAAAGGUGAUCUGUUAGAUGGAGCAGGGAGCCAGCACAAUUUUGCGAUAGAUAGGAGUCAAUCUGCUUCUAGCUUAAUGCCACAUGCGAUCGACUGCAUACUUUCAAGCCAAGAGUCGAAAUGCCCGGAACAGAACGACCACAGGCGCGUAUCUAUGGCAUCCAGUUCUCACGUUGAGGGCAAUGGAUUGAACUUCAGUCCUGAUGCUAAAGGUAGUCCUGAACUUGACCGUGAGACUACAGCCAUGGCAUAUUUUCUUGCUGGAAACCAAGAUUUAGGACAGGACAACGUCGAAGAGUGGUCAGAGGAUUCAAGUGAGGUCGUUGUGCCCAGGUUGCCAGUGCGACCUACACCUGGAUACUCUGAGAAACCGUCUGACAUGAUCAAUGAAAGGGCCGUGAAACAGGAAAAACAAAUGCUUGAUGCAAUUACUCCUCAGUCUGGACUUAUUACUUCAACUGAGGAUGGACACGACACAGGCUUGAUUUCAACGACUGAUAAUGCUAGCAACCAGCAAUCUGUUCUUUCUCACAAGGUGGAUAACGCCGGACAGCGGGGCUUCAGAAGACGGUGUCUUGACUUUGACGCUUCCGUAGCGAGGAGAAAAAGCCUUGGCAGCAUGGGAGGAAGGAAAUCUUUAGGUAGUAGGCUUAAAGAUUGUAGUGGAAGCAGUAUUGCUGAUGACAACAGCCUAUCUUCUGGUUUUGCGAAAGUUGCAACUUCAGAUGCAACAACCCGACUCCUCUCGUCUGGGAACGAUUUUUCGAAUUCUAAAGAUUCUACUACAGUGGAACGAGAUUCUGGCACAGAUUCCAGGGGGAUCCCAGCACGUGCGGACACAUUUGAAGCUACGGCUAUGGUGCCCCUCCCAAGCUGUUCAUUUCAGAAAAGCAUGGAUGUGCUGAAUGUCAAGGCAGGGGAAGCACAGAAUCGGAAGUCUCAGAAUCCUGGAGCGACACAUGGGGGUAAUGUAUCAGAAGGCCUGAGACGGAGUCCUCGCAAUCGAUCGUCUGGAAUUGGGCUUCACUUGAAUUCUCUGACUAGCACCGUCUCCUUCAAACGGGAUUUUUCGUCUGCUGGAGGAGAAAGCUCCAAAGGAGUCCUGGCUACCGUUUUAGGUUUACAAUUUCAGGCCUCUUCAAGUCCUAGGGAAGAUUCAUGUGUUGAAGGGCCAGGAAGCACAGGUCUUGCUGCGAAUAUCAAUCAAAAUCUUAAUCCAGGAGUUGAUAAACAUGCUGCUGAAAAUUCUAUCCAAGGGUUGACGAACAAACCUGAUUACCACACUCAAGUUCCAUCUUUAUUAGAGAGGAGGACUCUGACGGAGUUAAAUGGUGCUGAUACUGCAUUGCCCCUCAUUAGCAUUAAGAAAGUUAACGUUCCAGCCCCAGAUUUCAGCGCUCUCAAUAUUGAGAAUCUGCCACCGCUUGAAGAAUCAUUCUCAUUGACUCCAGGAACUAAUUUGCCGCGUCUUGUUAGUCCUCGAGGUCUCAAACGAUCUCCACCUCAUCAACAAGAGUUGAUACCACGACCGGAUGGUGAAGCUGUUGAAGAACUUUUGGGCAGCCCGCAAAGCUCGAAACGAAGACGGCUGUCCAGGCGGAAAUUCACCGAGUCCUCUCAGAGCGAAAAAUCAGGAGGUGGGUGCAAGAGGUGUAACUGCAAAAAGUCCAAGUGUCUAAAAUUGUACUGUGAAUGCUUUGCUUUGGGUGUCUACUGCGUGGGUUCAUGUGCUUGCCGGGAUUGUUUCAACAAGCCUGAGUACAUUGAGACAGUCAUUAACACUAGGCAACAAAUUGAAUCCCGUAAUCCUUUAGCAUUUGCCCCCAAAAUUGUUCAGGGUGCGGAACCCUCUCCAGUGCCUGGGGAUGAGGCUCUAGACACUCCAGCCUCUGCCAGACACAAGCGUGGCUGCAAUUGCAAAAAAUCUCUAUGUCUCAAAAAGUACUGUGAAUGUUACCAGGCUGGUGUUGGGUGUUCUGAAGGAUGUCGAUGUGAAGGUUGCAUGAAUAAGUACGGCAAGAAGGAAGGGCCAGAGGGAGAUGAGAAGGGCGGAGAACAGGCCCUUUCCACGCGGGAGGAUUCUCAGGUUGAGGACCCAAUCGAGUUCCUCAAUAGAAUGAGUGGAAAAUCUGAUAGGUUGUGUGACAGCUCCUCAAAUCAGAACCUGUCUCCCAUCACUCCGACCUUUGAGUACGACAGUCUUGGACGGCCCAUACACAGAUUGAGAACUUCAUUGCGCAAGCGAGCUGAUUCCUCAGAUAAACCUUGUCGCUCACUCUUAUCUCAGCCUGUAUCAAGACCUCCCAACUCCCCGACCAGAUUCUCUCAUGCGCUUGAUACCUUCCAUUUAGUGCCUCCCUAUCAGGGCCAUAGUGAUACUGAAUUUUCUAUGAGCGGAGCUGGGGACUCUCCCAUAACAACCCCUACAUUUGCGCGAAUGGGUCAUCUCUCCCCUAGCUGGGAAGGUCUGGGUGAUCUCUGCACCCUCACUCCCAUGCAGACUCUGGCCCCUUUGCGCCUAACACCUGGCUCAUCGUGUGUAACAACGGAGCGACCUGGUGCCUCGCCUGCAUUUAGAAGUCAUAUGACUGAGUCCCCGUACCAAGCUGCCUCUUCAACGAAUGUGCAUCAACGGCACACUUCUUCGAGGCAUUGGUCACCUCACUCUCCGAGAUUCAGGCACCCCGCCCCUCGAUCGCCGCUUCGAUUCGACACGCCACGUCAAUCCCAGCUGUCCUGCAUCGACCAGACCCAUUCAGCACCACCCACGCCCACAAUGCAAUCCUCCCAGCUACUUUCGGGAAAGAACCUCCAAAGUGAACUAGAGUUGGCGAAGGUGAGCGCCGCCGACGAUGAUGGCACCCCGGAGUUCAUGAAGUACGCAGAUGAGACUCGUGACAGCUCCCCAAGCCGAAGUGCUGUGACGAAAUCAGGCUCUCCAAAGCAGAAACGUGUGACCCCACCCCGUAAAGGACGAAACAAGGAGCGGGAUGGUUCGUCUCCUGGUGACGGUGGCAAUAAUUCCCUGGCCUCUCCACCUGGGUCGAGGAACGCCAGAAAGUUCAUUCUGCAGGGGCUUCCCACCUUCCAUAAUGGCUAAGAAUGCUUCUUGAACCAUGCGAACCCCUUUUCAUAUUUUCUCUUCAACCCCACUGGACAAGAAGGCAAGCAUGCAUUUCCAUUUUUGAGCUCCUAUUGCCUGUGCUCCUUGUACAAACUUUAUAAGAACAUGGGACUUACAGCAGGAACGUGCUUUGUGGAUUACCUCCGUGCAUCUUGAGCGAUGCUUUACAUGAAGGGGGGACAACGAAAAAGGAAAAGAAAAAGAUAGAGAAAAAGCAAGUCAGUAUUUUCUCCUACCCAGCGUAGCAUACAGAGUCGCGAAAAUGAAAGACUUCAGUACCGGUUACUGUUUCAUAAGACGCAGUUUCAACUUGUUGUUGGUCGUUGUAACAUUGUAAUAUUCUCCUGUUUAAGAGAUGAGAUGAGAGAUGAAGAUGAAACUAGGGGUCAAGCUGACACAGAGCUUGGACUUUUCUGUGCUAUAAUCAUCUUACUGUCUUCUGCACCGUUCCUUGAUUUGAUGUUCUGACCUUCUGCCUAGUGUUUAUCGCUCACUUGUCAAGCUUUCAUGUAUAUCUAUGUAACAUAUUAUGUA